AUGGAUCCAGCAGGGUUUAUUUCAGCAUUGGGAGAUGAAAGCUCGAAGAAUCAACAUACAGUUGUUGUUGAAUUUACAGAGGAUACAGUGAUACAUUUUGUCGGCUGUUACGGCUUCCUUCUUAUUGGCUUGAUUCUUCAAUUAUCAGGAAGCAUUACAGAACAGAUCAACUGUAUAAACUCCCAGAGUCCAGUCGACAAUGGCCUUUCUCGCGAAACAGUUGCUUACGUAAAUAAUUUUUGCUGGAUGGCGGAAAACGAAAAUGGACAGAACUUUGUCGAGUUUGAAAACCCAGAGCUCGAUGCGCGAUGGUAUGUCGACCACCUAUCAAAAAUCUUCUUCUUGAUUUCCAUUUGCUUCCACAUUCCGAAAAUUGCCUGGAGCUUGAGCGUCGGGGGCAUCCUUAAUUCGUACAUGGGAUACACCAGGUUGUUACUGGAUAUCGUCAAGCAGAAGCUGGAGUCAAUUCCAAAAGAUGGUAUUUGGGGCGGAACUCAAAAAUAUCACCCCGGACGGGCUUUUGAUCCUGAUUCCAAGCUUUUUAGCCAGCGCCAAAAAUAUGAGCCUUUGAGAAUGUCAAGUUUUCUUCAAAAUGUUGGGGAAGGAGCAGCAUCCUUAGAAGAUAUGCUCGAAGGAUCAGACACAAGCUCCGUCAAAGAAACUCAAACGAGCUGUUUAUGCAGCAGUUCGAAAAAGAAGACUGCAAAGAGUGACGUAGAAGACCCUCUCAUGGAUCAAUCCGAGUCAUUUUGCUGCCUGGGAAAUAGAUGCAAAAACGUCUGCAAGAUGAACGAUCGCGCGCUUGUUGGGAAACUCAUGUAUCGAAACUUCAGUCACAUGAAUGUCGUCCCGCUUAUUGUCUCCAUUCACAAAGUUACAUACAUACAAGACGCAGCAACAUCCCAUCAUCAAGUCCUCUACGACGGUAAAAACGACCCUCAUCCGAACAUCAAUCCCUAUCGCCACGGAGUUCUCUGGUGCAUUUUAAAAAUGUGGGCUUGCCAAGGAAAUUUCAACGGGAGCGUCUUGUACAAAAAAUAUCUCAUUCGAACACUUUCAAAUUUCGUCCUGAGUGUUGGUCUAUUAGUGCCAGCAAUUAUUUGCGGAAAACCAUUUAUACUGGGAUGGAAUGAUAUUCCGGAAGAAAUGGAUUGCAUUAUCCCGACAAAGGGGCAGCAGAUUCAAGCGACUUGUAUUUUACCCACGGUUGGCGAUGUCUACAUCCCUCUCAUCAUCGCAAUUCUCUUCCUUGCUAUCAAUACCGCUAUCUCCUUUUGGGUCAUUGUCACUGUUUUUAUUCGCCCAAACACUUCAUCAAUUGGUUACAACUUUUUAUCGUACAUUUUCGACGAUGCUCUUGGCUACUCGCUUCUUUGGCAACGGCCAAAUAAAAACCCGCUGCAGAAAGAAAUGAUGAAGGCGUCAGUUGAUCAGAGCCUUCCUGUUACUAUUGAGUGUCUGUUGAAAGACAAAAAAGAUAAAUAA